AUGGAUGCGCCCGGCAGCAGCGGGGAGGCACACGAGGGGAUGAGACGGAGGAACGGCGUGGCGGUGGGCCCCGGCGGGCGGUACCAGCUGGGAAGAAACCUCAAUGAGGGCCACUUUGGGAAGGUCAUGCUGGCGUAUGACAACGAGAAGAACCAGUACGUGGCGAUCAAGUUCAUACCGCGGGGACCUCAGGUGACACAGUAUGUCGAGCGUGAGAUUCUGAACCACCGGACUCUGUGUCAGACGCACAUCAUAGCAUUCAAAGAGGUCUUCGUGACAGAUCUCCACCUGUGCAUCGUCAUGGAGUAUGCAGCGGGCGGUGAUAUGCAUCAGUACAUCUUGAGACACAAGUGCCUGCCUGAGCAGUGUGCAAGGUGGUUCUUUCAGCAGCUGAUGAUCGCAAUCGAGUAUUGCCACUUGCGGCAUGUUGUGAAUCGAGACAUCAAACUAGAGAACAUACUCUUGGAUCGUGAGGAGAGGCUGCUGAAGGUGUGCGACUUUGGCUUCAGCAAGGGGAGCAACGAUUCCGAGCCCAACACGUGCGUUGGCACACCCAGCUACCUAGCCCCAGAGGUUUUGAGAAAUCCUCUCAAUCAGAAGUGCUACAAUGGCAAGCGUGUGGACAUAUGGACGUGUGGGGUGUGCUUGUUCGUGAUGCUCUAUGGCUACUACCCCUUUGACGACCCUUAUGACAACUCGCCCAACAAGACAAAGAAGAUGCUGGCGAGAAUAGCACGAGGCGUCGUUGCCAUCCCUGAGCAGCAGUACAGGCCGAUGGGCGACCACCGCCAGCCAGUGCCCAUCUCCGAGGACUGCCGUGACCUGCUUGCAGGCAUCCUGGAGUCCAACCCAUCCCGGCGGAUGACGAUGGAUCAAAUAAUGCGGCACCCGUGGUUUCAGAGGGACCUGCCGGAAGGCGCCCUUAAGUACAACGAGGGCGUGGAGCAGAUCGAUGAGGACCUCAUUGCAAGGAUAAGGGGCCUGCAAAGUGUGGAGGAGGUCAAGGCGAUCGUCAACUACGCCAGGGCUGGCGGCGAGGCACGGUAG